AUGACUUCCUCAAACUCCAGCAACUCCCUGUCCUCCACAUUCUAUCUCACAGGCAUCCCUGGCUAUGAGGAGUUUCACCACUGGAUUUCUGUCCCAUUCUGUCUCCUCUACUGUGUUGGAAUAAUGGGUAACUGUACCAUCCUGCACAUCGUCCGGACAGACCCCAGGCUGCACCAGCCCAUGUACUAUUUUCUAGCUAUGCUUUCGCUUACUGACAUGGGCAUGUCCAUGCCCACCAUGAUAUCACUCUUCAGGGUGCUGUGGUCCAUUUCCAGAGAAAUCCAAUUUGAUGUCUGUGUGAUCCAAAUGUUUCUCAUCCACACCUUCUCCUUCACUGAAUCAUCUGUGCUCUUGGCCAUGGCCCUUGAUCGUUAUGUGGCUAUUUGCCAUCCUCUGAGAUAUGCCACCAUUCUAACUCCAAGACUCAUCGUCAAGAUUGGAACUGCAGCCCUGCUCAGGAGUGCCUUUCCUGUGAUUCCACUUCUGGUCCGACUGACUUACUUUCCUUUCUGCCGCUCCCACAUCCUUUCUCAUUCUUAUUGUCUGCACCAGGACAUAAUCCGCCUUGCCUGCGCUGACAUUAGCUUUAACAUUAUAUAUGGGUUAGUUUUUAUCACUGUGCUGUGGGGCAUGGACUCCCUAGGUAUUUUUGUGUCUUAUGUUUUCAUCCUUCACUCAGUGUUGAGAAUAGCAUCCCGAGAAGGCAGACUUAAAGCCCUCAACACAUGUACUUCUCACAUCUGUGCCGUACUCAUUCUUUACAUCCCCAUGAUUGGAUUGUCUAUUGUCCAUCGUUUUGCCAAACAAUCUUCACCCCUAAUCCACAUAUUCAUGGCUCACAUCUACUUAUUAAUCCCACCUGUGCUCAACCCAAUCAUCUAUAGUGUGAAGACUAAGCAGAUCCGCCAAGGAAUUCUCCAUCUAAUACACAGUUAUCAGAUUAAUUCAAUUUGUAUGGAGACACUAUGA